GGCGGAUAAAUCUGUUUUUAAUUACUGCUUUAGGUGGAAAUGGGCAUGAAGAACCAUGAAAUAGUUCCUGCUAGCUUAAUUGCUUCCAUUGCCAGCCUUAAACAUGGCGGCUGUAAUAAAAUUUUGAGAGAGCUGGUGAAGCACAAACUUCUGGCUUACAAACGAACUAAAACUGUCCAGGGUUAUCGGUUAACUAAUGCAGGAUAUGAUUAUCUGGCUCUGAAAACUCUCUCUUCCCGACAAGUCAUCAAUUCUGUGGGAAACCAGAUGGGUGUUGGCAAAGAAUCAGAUAUUUAUAUUGUUGCCAAUGAAGAGGAGCAACGGUUUGCGCUGAAAUUGCACCGGCUGGGGAGAACCUCCUUCCGCAACCUGAAAAGCAAACGUGACUACCACAAGCACAGGCACAAAAUGUCCUGGCUGUACUUGUCCCGGAUAGCAGCUAUGAAGGAGUUUGCCUACAUGAAGGUUUUGCAUGACAGAGAAUUUCCCGUUCCAAAGCCCAUAGACUACAACAGGCAUGCGGUUGUUAUGGAGCUUGUUGAUGGAUAUCCUUUGUGCCAGGUGCACCAUAUAGACGAUCCUGCUGCCGUCUACAGUGAAUUAAUGGACCUGAUUGUAAAACUUGCCAAUCACGGUCUGAUCCAUGGGGAUUUCAAUGAGUUUAAUCUCAUCUUGGAUAAUAACGACCAUGCCACUUUGAUUGAUUUCCCUCAGAUGAUUUCAACAUCACAUGCAAAUGCUGAAUGGUAUUUUAACAGAGAUGUUAAUUGUAUUAAGGAGUUCUUCAAGAAACGCUUCAGCUAUGAGAGUGAGCUCUUCCCAACCUUCAAAGACAUCAGGAGAGAGUGUUCUCUGGAUAAAGAGAUUGCUGCCAGUGGCUAUGCAAAGGAAAUGCAGGAAGAUGGUGAACUGCUUUACCCUGCAGAUUCUGAUGAGGAUGACAAUACAGAGGUAUUGGAAUUUGUGGAAGAUGCUGAGAAAGAGCUCAACUUCUUCAACAAAAAUGAAGAAAACAGCGAAGACCUCAUGUGUGAAGUGGGUGAUUUCUUUGAAAGCAGAGCCUCUGACAGCGCCAUGAGUAGCAGUGAGGAAGAGGCUGAUGCAGCUGAACAUACACAAAGACUGAAAAUGUCAGAGUUGAGUUCAGCCUUGGAAAAAGCUGAAGGGCCAGCUGUGCCUUGGAAGUCCAGUGAAGAUGCAGAGAGUGGUGCAGUUACUUCUUUUAAGGGCAAAAGAUUAAUUGAAAAUGCUGCAGAACAGGAAGGUCAGGCAGGUCAAGGAGGAUUCUGUGAGUGCAAGGAGAAUGAAGGUGUGUGCCCUGAGCUGGUCAACUCAUCAGCUUUAAAUGAGGAAUUCAGUCAUUACAGUAGUGAAGAGUGUAUUGUUCCCAUUGCUGGGCACAGAACAAGGACUAAGAGCAUCACAUCAGUCAGAAGUGUUGGGAGCUGUUCAACCAUUCCUCCGACAAGUGAUGCAGUUAAACUGUUUCCCAUCAUUGAGAAGAACUGCACGCCAGGAACACCAAAGCCGCGUUUCCUGCUGAUCAUGUGGAAUGUCUUGAGCUGGGCUCAGUCAUCUGCAGUGGCUUGACGGUGGAGAGAAAAGAGCAGAGA